AUGACACGAGUGGAUGGAGGAGGCUGUGGUGGUGGCCAGGUGAGCAUGGCAAACCCCGUGGGUGUUUGUUUGCGUGACUUUUCGGAGAAGUGUGCACGCGUGUGCGAAGCCUGUCUAGCUCAGUUGGUAGAGCGCAAGACUCUUAAUCUUGUGGUCGUGGGUUCGAGCCCCACGAAGUGUGCACGCGUGUGCGAAGCCUGUCUAGCUCAGUUGGUAGAGCGCAAGACUCUAAAUCUUGUGGUCGUGGGUUCGAGCCCCACGGUGGGCGACUACCAAUGA